AGUCUGAAACAUCCGAGACAUCAUUUAUCAUCAUGGAGUUCCAAAAAUAGCUACGUCUGAGGCACGUAAGCUUGUUGAAUGUAAGUGUUUUGUGGUAUGUUCUCGUAUUUUAAUGCACAAUCAAAGCGAAAACUACAUUUAGCAAGUGCAGAUUGAAAUCCGCGCAGCCUCCGUUAGCCACCUAACGUUAGCAUGACCAGUAUUAGUCAACAACCGAUCUUUCACACAACUCCUCAAAGUAUAACCGCGUUAGCCAAAUACAAGCUAUACAUAAAACAAUAUUUCGCUUGGUCUCGGCUAGACUACGGCUUGUGAUAUGGUGUAAUACAAAAUAUAAAUCAACAACUAUCCUAGUUAUACAAGCAAAUAAAUGAAAGCUUAGAUGACUAGCGAAGUGCAUAGGCUAUAAUAACCGUUAGCCAUCUUGCAGGCUAACUCCUUCAUGCUUUCACCUAGCUGCACAGCCAGCUAGUUUCUCUCAAACAUGCAUCAGUAAAAAUAUCAUAAUUUUUUUUAUCAUAAUGUCGUCAUGUUUUAAAUACAUCACUGGAAAAUAAUGCUAAUUUUAAAAAAAACGAACCGAUACAGUGACACAGAACUAUUUCUUGAUAGAACUUGUACAAUUGCAUUGCUCUAGCUAGCACAAGCCAGUAUAGAUGUAGCUAGCUAGCCAAUACUUGUCAGUGGAACCAUGCCAAUAAAAACACACAUAUUCAGUGACUUCAACAUUUACAAACCCACAUGUCUCUUACGAUCCUCCAUCUUUAGAUAAUCACAACAGAGAUUAUUUUUUUUUUUUCAUUCUAAACACCGAGGCCUAAGCAUACGCUGCCGAUAAGGAAAUGCAAACUGCAUCGUUACGGUGCAGCAAGGAAGGAUGGUGGGCAAAGAGUGGGAGCCUGAAAAACAGAUUGACGCGGAUUAAAAAAAUGGACGAGACUUUACCACCGUUGUUUACAUUUGGAGUCAUUGCCGACAUCCAAUAUGCUGAUAUUGAAGACGGUUUUAAUCAUCACCACACAAGAAAACGAUAUUACAGGAAUAGCCUGCGUUUACUGCGCAGAGCUAAUGAAAAGUGGAAAGGAGAGGCAGUAAAACCUAGUUUCAUUAUCCAGCUCGGUGAUGUCAUCGAUGGGUAUAACAAGAAGUACAAUGCUUCGGAAACAGCCCUGAAAACGGUUGUGAAUGAGAUGGACAAGAGUGCAAUUGAAGUGCACCAUGUGUGGGGCAAUCAUGAAUUUUAUAACUUCAGUAGAGACGAACUCAUGAUCUCGGCAUUGAACAGCAGACCCACGAAUGACACAACGUCGACGAUGUCUGAAGACACCACUGCAUUGGAAGACACAGUUGAAAGCGGAAAUGUUUCUGACACAGAAGAGAGUUAUGCUUAUCAUUUCAGUCCUGCUCCACAUUUCCGCGUUGCCGUACUUGAUGCAUAUGAUCUGAGUCUUAUCGGUCGAAAAGAACCCAGUGUGAGAUACUACGAAGCACUGGAAAUUAUACAAGCACACAAUAACAAUGAUGACCUCAAUUACCCGCCAGUAUUUGAUGGAACGGAACGAAGAUUUGUGAAAUUCAAUGGAGGAUUCAGUAAAUGCCAGCUUGAUUGGCUUGACAGAUUGCUAACACUUUCAGAUGAGAAACUUGAAAAAGUCGUAGUUGUCAGUCACCUGCCUGUGCAUCCUUACUCAACAGAUCCCAUAUGUCUUGCCUGGAACUAUGAAAGAGUGCUUUCUAUUUUACACUCUCACAAAUGUGUAGUGUGUUUCAUGGCAGGACAUGAUCACGAUGGGGGUUACUACAGGGAUGCCUCUGGAGUGCACCAUCUCACAUUUGAGGGGGUGAUUGAGACCCCACCAGAGAGUGACGCAUUUGGAACGGUGUAUGUUUAUGAAGACAGGAUGGCAUUGAGAGGGAAUGGCAGGGUUGCAGACAGAGUUCUCCUGUAUCCCUAAGGCCAUAUUAAACCCAAAAAUAUUAAACCUAAGAGGUUUUGCCAGAAGUUCCAAAAGGAUGAAAAAAAUCUGAACAGAAGUGGUUUACAAAUCUGCCUUAAUUACUGAUUUGUCAAGAUGAAAAUCUCUCUAAUUUGGUACUUUUACUUUUUUUAAAAAGAACUAAAUAACUAGCCUCGAUAUUUGAACGUAUACUAAAAAUACACAUCAUGUUUAGUUGAUGACAACAAACUUUUUGUGAUUUACGUGUCUAUCAUUAAUUUGGUUGCAAAUCAGGAUUGUACUUCAUAGAUUUAAUUUAUAAUUAAUAAUAUAUUUAUUUUAGAUGUAAUUAAAUUAUUAUUGUAUGAUCAUAAAUCAAAAUGAUUAAUGUAUACAUUUUAUUAAUAUAUGUUUUUCUGUAUUCCAUAUUCAUAACACAAUGACGAGAACAGGCCAUUCAGCCCAACAAUGUUCACAGUUCUCCUGACUAAAUUAGUGCUCUGAUUACCUACAGAAUAGGUAGUAUCUAACGCCGUAUCAAGCCUAGUCUUGAAAAUCCACAGAGUUUCUGCCUCUACUAUGUGACUUGGCUGGUUAUUCCACACAUUGACUACUGCAUGAAAAAAUUCUUUCUAAUGUCUGUACGGAAUAUACCUUUUGCUAAUUUCCAUGUAUGUCCCCUCGUUCUACUAGAACUCAACCUGAAGAAUCUUUUGUAGUUCACUUUGUUGAUCCCUUUAUGAAUUUAAAAGCCUUAGUCAAAUCACCCAUGAGUCUCCUUUUACUGAGCUUGAAGAGGUUAAACAUCUUAAAUCGUUCCUCAUAGCUCAACUUCCUUGGAUUUAUACUCAAUACAUUUGGUUAUAUAUCCCUGCAUCCUCUUGGCCUUUUUUUACCGCUACAGCACAGUGCCUAGAACCUGAAAGGUUUUGAUUUACCAUAAAUAUGUGUGUGUGUGUGUGUGUUUUUUUUCUUGAUACGACUCUGUAAGCAAACAAUUCUCAUUUGGUUAAAGUGCAGAUUCUCAGGUUUUAUUAAAGGGUAUUUUCAUACAUUUUGGUUUCACUAUGUAGAAAUUACAGCACUUUUUAUGCAUAGUCCCCCGAUUUCAGGGCACCAUAAUGUUUGAGAUGUAUUAAUUUUGUAUAAGGAAACUAAUCAGUACUUUGUUGUGUUUAGUACUUUGCUGCAUAUUCUCUGCAUGCAGUGACUGCCUGAAGCCUGUGAUCCUUACACAUGGCCACGUGCUGAGUGUCUUUGGUGAUUCUCUGCCAGGCAUGCAUUGCAGCCAUCUUCAGUUCCUGCUUGCUUUGGAGGUUAGUUGCCUUAAGCUUUCUCUUCAGAGUAUGAAACGCAUGUUCAACUGGAUUCAGAUUGGGUGGCUGACUGGGUUGCUGUAGGAUAAAGCGUCAUCCAAUGAGCUUGGAGGCAUUUUGUUGAGUUGAGCGGAGAAGAUGCUUUUGUAGACUUCAGAAUUAAUUCUGCUGCUGCUAUAAGCAGUUACAUCAAGAAUGAAGACAAGUAAACUACCAACUGUGGUAGCCAUACAUGCCCAAACCUUAACAACCCCACCACCAUGCUUCACAGAUUAAGGUGGGGGGUGAGGGUGCAGUUCCUUUUGGCCUCCUUCAGUUCCUUCUUGCCAUCACUCUGACACAACUAAAUCUUAUUCUCAUCUAUCGUAAAGACAUUUUUACAGAACGAUGCAGGUUUUGUGGUUCUUACUAGCAAACUGUAACCAUGUUUUUGCUGCUAAGUAGUGGUUUGUGUCUCACAGUGAACAUUUCUGUAGUACUGUUUGUGAAGUCUUCUGUGGACAGUAGUCACUGACACAUCCACACCUCUCCUCCUGAAGGGUGUUUCUGAUCUGUCAGACGGGUGUUUGGGGGUUUUCCUUCAUUAUGAUGAGGAAUCUUCGGUCAUGAACUGGGCCUAUCAGGCCAUUUGCAAUUACUGAGCUCACCAGCGCUCUCUCUUCUUAAUGUUUCAAACACAUGCCUUUGGUAAACCUAAGCAUUUUUAUCAUUCAUAAUGGCUUUCUUAACUUCCACUGGUGGAAAUCUGGUCCUCAUGUUGACAAAAACCAAUAAUAGACUCUAAAGGUGAUCAAAAGGCUAGAAUCAAGCCUAGAUACUGAACGCUCUCUUAUACCUUGUUUCAAACAAGGGGGGGGGGAUUUCAUAAAAGCUGAGAAUGUGUAAAUAGCCACAUGUAAAUAGUUUGAUUACAGAUUUACAAUUGUGGAUUUUUGAGAAUUCUUUUAUUUAUUUUUAUUUUAUUUUUCAACUUUUGUGUUUUAUAUUAUUUUGUCAGUUCUGGAAUCACCACAUUUUAAGUUUAAUUUGGACAAACAACCUAUUGUUGAUAUUGUUGUCUACUUGCCUCCUGUGGUCUACUGAACCAUAUGGGAAUGUCCAGUAAUCAGCAAUGUUGACCACAUUGUAAGCAUAAGUGCCUCUGGACUUACGAACGUCAAUACUGAGUGUUUUCCCCCCUUGUACUUUGCACAACAAUUUUCUUGCUUUUCAGAAUACUUUAAACUACUGAGCAGACUAUACACGUCACAUAGGGAAAACAAUUGAGGAGACUACUAGCCAAUACAGUACCUUCAACUUUUUGAAUAUGGAUCGUAUUGAUUUAAACUUUAAAUGGCAUGUCAUUUACUGUACUUUAUUUAUUUAUUUAUUUUUGGAAACUGCAAGGAAGUGCAAAUAUUUAAAAACUUGGCAUUAGUGUUCUGAAGUAUGUUGGUAUGUUGUCUGUAUAAUAAAUCCAGUGGAAUGUA